AUGGGUAUCAAAGGCAUCUACAAAGAGAUCGGCACCGGCAAGCGAGUCUCGCUGUGCAAGCUCGCAAUCGACCAUCUCGAGCAGACCGGCCGACCACUUCGCCUUGCUAUCGACUUUGCGAUAUGGUCAUUCCAGGCUCAGGCCGCGCGAGGCGGCGCAAAUCCUGCCAUACGCACUCUAUUCUACCGCCUGGUCCGACUGCUCUCUCUGUCAAUUGUGCCCGUUCUCGUCUUCGACGGGCCCAAUAAGCCCGUUUUCAAGCGCAACAAGCGCUCUCGCGGUCCUGGCGACAGCGUCUCCGUCGCAAUGGCCAAGCGCCUGGUGAAGCUAUUCGGAUUUCACAUCCAUGACGCACCCGGAGAGGCUGAGGCCGAAUGUGCUCUCCUACAGCAGCAAGGUGUCGUGGAUGCGGUCUUGUCGGAGGACGUGGACACCAUCAUGUUUGGGUGCACACUGACCCUGCGGAAUUGGUCCUCAGAGGGCACGAGAGCUGCAAAGACGCCCACGCAUGUCUCUGUCUACGACGUUCAUGAGUUGGGACAGGGCGAAUCUGGUCUCGACAGGGAGGGGAUGGUGCUUGUCGCUCUGAUGAGCGGGGGUGACUACAUCCCGGAGGGAGUACCAGGCUGCGGCGUCAAAGUCGCAUGCGAGGCGGCCAAAGCUGGGUUCGGGAAAAGGCUGUGUCGGAUCAAGAGGUCUGACCAAGAAGCUCUGAGGAAGUGGAGGGAGGACUUGUUGAGGGAGCUACGAACGAAUGAGAGCAAGUUCUUCCGCACCAAACACAAGGCCUUGACAAUACCCGAGGAGUUUCCGAGUAUGGAGGUGUUAAGAUAUUAUACCCAUCCGGUGGUAUCACAGGCUGCGACCAUCGAGAAAUUGAAGAGGGAACUCCCAUCGAAAAAGGAGGUUGAUGUCAUUGGUCUGCGGGCCUUCACGGCUGAGACUUUCGACUGGGUCUGCAAGAUCGGGGCAGUCAAGUUUAUUCGAGUCCUGGCACCAGGGUUGCUGAACCAGGCCUUGAUGGAUCUCAGCAACCAACAACUCGAAUCUGACGAACCAGAUCUCCGCGAGCAAGUGGAAGCAAAGCUGGUAAAAUCGAUAAACAUACGGCGAACGCAUUUCAGCACGGAUGGCACACCCGAGUUACGCAUCUCUUACAUUCCAAACGACGUUGUCGGUGUAGACCUGGACGCUGAAGAGGACGAAGUCACAUCAACGUACGGGAGGUCAGGGCUGGCACUCAAUAGCGAUGACGAGGUUGAUGGGCAGGCCGAGGAAGCGGAAGCUGGGCCCAAGAAGGUUUUCGAUCCACUCCAGCCAGACCUCGUCUGGGUGCCCGAGACGGUGGCUAAGCUAGGUGUGCCACUUGCAGUGGAAGACUGGGAGGAGAGGCAAAGGGCGAAACAGCUGGCAAAGGGGGUCAGGAAAGCACCAGCCAAGAAGCUCCGGAAGAAAACAACGAAUAUGCCAACGGGUGCUCUGGAUCAAUACGUCAAGAGCACGAAGCCCACCUCGCAGCUCCAGAAGCAGCCGGAGUUGCCUUCGCUACUUCUUUCAUCGUCUCCACCAUCGUCAUCCGCACAGCCUCGGCUCCGUUCCACAAGCUCUACUACAGCGCCUGUGGCACCGACAGAGCCUAGGCAAUCUCGAGCAUUAAGAGACAAGCCAUCUAAAGUCUCCAAGACGUAUAAAUCACAAGAAAAGGCAACGACAUUACAGCCGUCAUUGGACACCAAUCCGUGGACCAUCGCAAGCUCACAAGCAACACCUAAAAUCUCCAGGACAAGGACAACAGUAUCAGAAGCUAUAAUUAUCUCAUCCAGCCCGUUGGAAACGAGACAUUCACCCAUAGUCGCCUCUCCAGCCUCUCACAAGCCACAUCGCGAUGCCAUCCCCCCACAGCCCUCAUUCUCAUCCAUCGCCAACAACUCCCCAGAUAUUCAGCUACACGACGAUUCCUUCAACACCGGGCACAGCUACUCUUCAGAUGCAACGGCAGCAGAAGCAAGUCCGAGCCCACGGAAGCACAACCGCCCACCGGACGACACGCCCAGGAACCCAGCUGCUAAGCGCACGCAGAGAAACACGGGUGCAGGCAAGCUCAGGUCCGGGAGCCCCCCGAGGCGGGCAUCCCGCGCGGGCGGAGCGCCUCCAAACCGGGGCCAGACCUCGAUCAAGAGCUUCGGCAGGCUCUCCGAGACGGUGGGCAGGGGCAACAUCAUGCCGCGGGGGAAGCCGCUGCCGCCUGUUUCGGACUCAGACGAAGAGUUCGAAGAGCUGAGCGCCCUUGGCUCGAAGAGGAGGCUCGUGGGAGAAGCUCAGGACGUCCCGGCGCUGUGCUCGCAGCGCUCGAGUUCUAACGCGCUUAAUAAUAAAGAGCACAGGAAUCCACCAGCACCAUCGAGAAACGGACCUGGGGCCGGUUCCGCAAUAGCACUGUCAUCGUCACCAGCAAUGCCCUCAUCUGCCCAUACUGCAGCGGUUCUACGACCCAAGGAGAAGCCGGCGAUGACCAGGGUCUACAUGUCCAGGACGAGCGACGCGGGGCUCGGCUACUUCACGGAGAUGGAGGUAACCCCGGAGGAAGCCGACAGGCUGGCUUCUUCCAAUCGGGCCAAGAGGCCUGGUGGUUACCGAGUGUGGAGGCAGAGCGAGGUCUCGAUCUUGGAUCUCACAGGAGAGGACUAG